AUGACUUGUCAAAUUAUUAAAUAUGAGAAUGGUAACGACAUUAGUUAUAAUAAUGGCAACAAUGACUCUAGUAAUAAUUCUGCCACUAUUAAUUCUAAUAAACCUGCUUCUGCCAAUCUGAAAUCGUCACCUCCACAUAAUAAUAAUCAAACUAUUAACGUAUCAGUACUUUCUCAAUCUAAAGCAUCUUCGUCAUCAGAGAACCAAACAGAGCCAUUGGAAUCAGCUCCACCUACCACGGGAAGUUUUAAUCAAUUUUCUAUAAAUCAAGAAAAAUCAAACAACGCAUCACAAAAUAACUCUCCUCAAUCUCAAUCAAAACCUAAACCAUUUACUUGUCUUGAGUGUAAUCAAACAUUUAGUCGCCAACACAAUUUAAAAUCACAUGCAUUAACACACUCUAAAGAAAAACCAUACAGAUGUGAUGUUUGUCAACAUUUUUUCCGUAGACAGCAUGAUUUGAAAAGACACUUAAAAUUACAUACCGGUGAAAAACCUCAUCAAUGUCAACACUGUAAAAGAAAAUUUGCAAGAAUGGAUGCAUUGAACAGACAUUUACGUGCUGAAACCUUUUGUGGUGGCCCGCAGAAAAAAAUCUUUCAAGGCCAAGACUCAAAGACAAAGAUAGAAUUGUCUGUUCAACAGCCACUUCAACAAGCUACGCCACAACAAAUCUCACAGCCACAGCUACCUUCUUCUACUUCUAUUAUUCCCGCCUCUCAACCACAACCCCAACCUGGAAAAGCCACACAACAAAUUCAAACUACUACUCCUGCGAUCAAGAACGAGAUGCAAUACUAUAGAACACAACCAGUGUUACAUUCUGAACAAUAUCAUCAUUCAUGGCCACAAAAUACUAAUAAUCAAUUGCAAACAAUGUCAGGACCGCAACCACCUCCUCAAUCAUCUGGAAAACAACCUCUUAUAAUCCCAAAUGCUAUGCAUCAUCAAAUGGUUUUUGAAUCUACUAAUGAAAAUUCACUUAUUGAAAGAAAUAAUUAUUUGGAAGAGAGAGUAAGGGAAUUGGAAAAUGAUAUUAUUAAUGAACGUAAAUUACGUGGUCGUAGAGAAUUUUUGGAACAAAGAGUAUCCGCACUUGAAAUUGAGAAAAAUCUUCUUAAACAAUUAUUGUUGGAACGUGCUUCUGCUCCAAAUACUGAUGUUUCACAAUACGAGAAAAAACGCAAAAUGUCUGCUACUAUUGAUGCUGAUAUUCAAAUAAAAACUCAAAAAGAUGCAUAA